AGCGCGCUUUCCUUGACGGUCAUGUAGCUGCUUCCCCCAAAAGUUUUCGCAAUUGCCUCUUUUGCCGCCGCGACGAUGAUGCUACGUCGAGGUCCUCGCCUUCCCCGCUCUCUCCGCGCCUUCCCCGCUUCCUUCAGAAAGCUCUCCACCGUGCCCAAGGCUGGCGAGACAAAGUCCCUCUCGUCUAUUCUCAUUGCCAAUAGAGGAGAGAUUGCCCUGAGAGUGAACAGGACAGCGGCGGACUAUGGCAUCCGCACAACCACUAUCUAUACGAAUCCGGACGCCAAUUCGCAACAUGCUUUGAGCUCGCCCUUCACGGUGAAUCUGGGCGAACCAUCCGCUUAUCUAGAUGGAGAUCGUAUCAUCCAGGUCGCCAAAGAGCAAGGCUGCCAGGCAAUUCACCCGGGCUACGGUUUCUUGUCGGAGAAUCCGUCGUUUGCGCGGAAAUGUACAGAGGCUGGCUUGACCUUCAUCGGGCCACCGUGGGAAGCAAUCGAGGCCAUGGGCAGCAAGAGCAGAAGCAAGGACAUCAUGAACGCAGCUGGUGUACCUUGCAUACCAGGUUACCAUGGGGAGAAUCAAGACCCCGAGUAUCUCAAGCAGCAGGCGGCAAAUAUUGGCUAUCCCGUGCUUUUGAAGGCAGUGAAGGGAGGUGGAGGCAAAGGUAUGCGCAUCGUGCAGACACCAGCGGAAUUCAUGGACCAGCUGGCAAGUGCCAAGUCCGAGGCCAGGAACUCGUUUGGCGACGAAGUCAUGCUUGUAGAAAAAUACAUCACCAAGCCUCGGCACAUCGAAGUCCAGGUCUUUGCAGACAAGCACGGUAACUGUGUCGCUUUGGGUGAACGAGACUGCAGCAUUCAGCGCCGGCACCAGAAGAUCCUCGAAGAGUCACCUGCGCCUCAUCUUCAGGAGGACAUUCGCCAGGACCUUUGGGAGAAGGCUCGCGCAGCCGCUCUUGCCGUUGGCUACGAGGGUGCAGGUACUGUUGAAUUCAUCUUCGACAACGACACCAACGAAUUUUUCUUCAUGGAGAUGAACACACGGCUCCAAGUCGAGCACCCCGUCACUGAAAUGGUCACGGGUGAAGACCUUGUAAGGUGGCAGUUCAUAGUGGCUGAAGGUGGUGAACUGCCGCUUACACAGGAACAAAUACAUGAUCGAAUCAAAGAAAGGGGUCACGCCAUAGAGGCGAGGAUCUACGCCGAAAAUCCUGAUAUGAACUUCAUGCCUGACUCUGGAAAAUUGUUGCAUAUGAAGCUUCCCGCUACCAAUGCAGAUGUUCGAAUCGACGCUGGUUUCGUCGCUGGUGACGAAGUGUCUUCACAUUACGAUCCUAUGAUCGCUAAACUCAUUGUUAGAGGGCCAACAAGAGAAGCUGCGCUGCAGAAAAUGCGUGCCGCGCUUGAGUCGUACGAGAUCGCCGGACCCGUUACCAACAUCGAGUUCUUGAAGCGUUGUUGUGUGUCGCCCGCUUUUGUAGCUGGCGAUGUCGAGACCGGCUACAUACAAAAGUACAAGGAGGAGCUGUUCGAACGUAAACCGGUGCCGGAAGAAGCAUGGGCCCAAGCUGCCAUCGGGCUGUUGUUUGAAGAGACGUCAGUACAAAACGCAUCAAUGACAAACUCACUCCUCGGACCAACCUUCCAAAGCCGAGCUUUCCAUCUCACGGAGCUUGCGUCAGAUGGUAAAGGCGCCCCGCAGUCCACCACUGUAGAAAUCACGGAGAAGCCAUCACCCGCAGCGGGCACUUCCCGAGUUUUCAGCGUCAAGAUCAACAACAAGACGUUUGAUUCGGUCACGGUAACCGGCAAUGCGACUAAAUUCAGCAGUUCAUUCCCGCACACCCGCAUUUCUACCACGCUCAUCCGCUCCGACGACACUGUCACGCUAUUCCACUUGGGCGCGCAAAUACGCCUAAAGCUCUCUCCUGCACCGUGGAUGCAAAAAGCUCUCGGCGUGCGCGAUGUUGCGAACAGCGUUUUGGCACCCAUGCCAUGUAAAGUACUCCGCGUAGAUGUGAAGCCGGGUGAUUCGGUCAAGAAGGACCAGCCGCUUGUGGUUAUCGAGAGCAUGAAGAUGGAGACGGUCAUUAGAAGCCCCGUAGAUGGCGUGGUGAGAAGGGUUGUUCAUAAUGCUGGUGACAUGUGCAAGGCUGGAACGGCGUUGGUAGAAUUUGAAGAGCAAGAAGAACAUGCCUCUUAAUGGUUUUUACGAUGAUAAUCAUCAUGUAUGCGAUCUGAACAUCGCGGUACUCUAUAGGGACAGGCAAGCAGGACUAUAGGCGUUCGCAAUUCUUUUCAGUGUUUCUCAUAUUUGAACCGCAUCUUGAACGGCUUCACCGCGCAGAAGGCAGAACGCACGAACAUCGUCUACUUUUUAUGCUAUCCCUUUACUCGACUGUGCCAUCAUUAC